AUGAAAAUACUGCCUGAAAAUAGGACGGUGUAAUGCAUCAUCCACCUUCAGCCUAUGGCAUGGCUGCACAUAGCACUCAUCUGGACUUCCCUUGCUAUGAAACCAGCCUGACCACCGCACUGGGAGAGGAAGCCUUUCAUAGCCACCUGGAACGUGACAGACCUAUGCUCCCUGAGGUACGACAUCGUACUGAACCUGGAAAUGUUCCAUAUAAUUGGAAACCCAUUAGCUAAAGCAAGAGGGCAGAAUGUGGCCACAGUUUAUUUUAAUAGGCUCAGCUAUUAUCCUUGGUACACAUCACAGGAAGUCCCUGUUAAUGGUGGCCUACAGAACUUCAGCUUGCAAACUCAUCUGGAAGAAGCCGGCCGUGACAUUAACUAUUACACUCCAGCUAAGGACAUCAAUGGAUUAGCUGUCAUAGACUGGGAGCACUGGAGACCUCAGUGGGCCUGCAAGUGGGAUGCAAAAAGAUGUCUUCAGAAGAAAGUCCAGGAAACUCAUAAACUCAUAAACAAAAUGGAAGGGAAUAUUUCACCAAAUAAUGUUGAACAUUUAGCCAGACUUUCCUUUGAAGAAAGUGCAAAAGCUUUUAUGAAAGAAACAAUUGCAUUAGGAAUGAAAAGCAGACCAAAGGUCCUGUGGGGAUACUGUUUAUACCCUUACUGUCACAAUUACAAUUUCUGUGAUCAGAACUACACUGGUUCCUGCCCAAAGAGUGAAGCUUUGAGGAACAAUGAACUUUCCUGGCUCUGGGAUAGCAGUGCAGGCCUAUAUCCUUCAAGUGGCAUUAAGAAAUCCCUUGGAAACAGUCAAAACAUUCUGCAUUUUUCUUAGUUUAGGGUGAAUGAAUCCAGAAGGAUUUCUUCCAUGACAUCCCAAGAUUACGCUUUGCCCAUAUUUGUGUAUACUCAAUCAGGUAGAGAUGAACCUUUAUUAUCUCUCCCUAUGCAAGAUCUUAUUAACACUAUCGGAGAGAGUGCCCUGGGAGCUGCAGGCAUUGUUAUUUGGUGAGAUACAAGUUUAACUUCAGAGGUAAGCCUGUGCCUGAAAGUGCCAAAAUUUGUUGAUUCGGAAUUAGGGCCCUACAUUAUCAAUGUCACAGCAGCAGCUGAGGUGUGCAGCAGGCAUCUUUGUCAGGACAAUGAACGAUGUAUGCGAAGAACCUGGAGGGCCUCGACAUACCUGCAUUUAAAUCCUAAGAGCUUCCAGAUAGAUGCCUUGGAAGACCAAGUGUUUAUUGUGAGAGGAGAAGUAUCAAAUUAAGAUCUUGAAAUAAUGGCAGAGACAUUUGUCUGCCACUGUUAUCAGGGUUAUGAAGGAACCGACUAUGUGGAAGUUAAGUUGCUGGUGACUAUCCAGGGAGCUCUGCAAACUCUGUCCCACCCAGAAGAUUUGCAGGGAUCUGCCUGCUUCUUUUGCCUUUGA